CCCGCUAAAACGAUGACCAGGCUGACCAAUUUUAGCAUUGACGCCCCGCGCUGGGACCAGAGCACUUUUCUGGGGCGCCUAAAGCAUUUCUUCAACAUCACAGACCCGCGGACGGUGCUGGUGUCGGAACAUGAGCUGGACAGGGCUAAGGCGCUGGUGGAAAGCUGCAGGGCUGGCCUGGUUCCCCCAGGAACCAGCCAGGAACAGCUGUUCUACGCCAAGAAGCUCUACGACUCUGCGUUCCACCCAGACUCUGGCGAGAAGAUGAACCUGAUUGGGAGGAUGUCCUUUCAGGUGCCCGGGGGAAUGGCCAUCACUGGCUUCAUGCUGCAGUUUUACAGGACAGUCCCUGCGGUGGUUUUCUGGCAGUGGGUGAACCAGUCGUUCAACGCCUUGGUGAACUACACCAACAGGAACGCGGCCUGCCCCAUCUCGCUCACGCAAAUCGGAGUGGCUUACGUCACCGCCACCAGCACAGCCCUGGCGACUGCAGUGGGACUCAACCUGUACACCAAGAGAGCCCCGCCCCUUGUGGCACGCUGGGUCCCGUUCGCGGCCGUAGCUGCCGCCAACUGUGUGAACAUCCCCAUGAUGAGGCAACAGGAGCUCAUUAACGGGAUCAUGGUGACAGAUGAGAAGGACUGUGAGCUGGGCCAUUCCAGGGUCGCUGCGGUCAAGGGGAUUACCCAGGUGGUGGUCUCCAGGAUCGUCAUGGCAGCGCCUGGCAUGGUUCUUGUGCCGAUUCUCAUGGAGCGGCUGGAGAAGUUCCCCUUCAUGAAGAGAAUUCAGGUCCUCCACGCGCCUUUACAAGUGAUGCUGGCUGGGGGCUUCCUCCUGUUCAUGGUGCCGGUUGCCUGCUCGCUGUUCCCACAGAGAUGCUCUCUGGCGCUGUCUAGCCUGGAGCCGGAGCUCCGAGCCUCCAUCCAGGCCAAGCACGGGGACUGCGUGCCUUACGUCUAUUUUAACAAGGGAUUGUAAAUCGAGCAUCUACCUCGGGAGCCGUCCACGGCCCUGCACCGCACUCCGUGGGGCCACCUGCGGCUGCGGGGCUGUACGCUGGAGACGGGCUCAGGACAUGCCAAUCAGACCUGGAUCCCCCACCCUGGCUGCCAAAGUAUUUGGGGGGUGGGGGGGGGGAGACAGAUCUGGGGGUGACUUCUGGCUCCUCUUUGGUUUAACCCUGUAUCUUCUACUCCCCCAACCAGAUUUGGGGCCUGCCCCUGAGUGACUGACACCUGCUGGGGGCGCUACGUCUGUUGCACUGGUGCUGGCCUGCUAGUGGACAGAAGCGGAAAUGCGCCCUCUUCAGCAAAGCCGUCACUGGGCACCAUAGGUCAACACAUCCCUGGCCCUUAGCAGCGGCUCCUCCUUGUCGCGGGCUAAUCCAGGGAAGCACAACUCCUUCUGCCUUAACCCCUCCCGUUGGCUCUGACCCAUGGGAGGCUGGAACAGGACCUUGGCGUGCCCGGAUCCUGUUCUCUUAGUCGUUGGACUGAUGCCACCUGUUACAAAGUGCCUGAGAACUGGUCUGAUUUGCUGUAGGUAUCCCAGCCAGGCCCCCCGGUGCAGAGCACGUGGCUGAAGGCUCUUGCAGUCCUGUGCCCCUCUCUCUGUGACAGAUUACUGCUCUGUUCCCCUGUUUAGACGGCUCCCUCCCCUGCCCUUGCUCCCCCUGCCUAGCAGGAUGGGGGUAGCUGGGGUAAUAUACACAUGGUGCUAUCUCUCUUCUGUUCAGGGAGGCAGGAUGGGUUCUGCCAUCCUUGUUGCGGGUCAUAUACAGUACAAUCGAUGCCAGCUUCUGCCCUUCAGCUGGGAACUGAAUUCUGCUCUCAGUUAAACAGGUGCCAUUACUCCAGCUACACACCAGAUUAAGUGAGGUCAGAAUUUGGCCCUGGUCUUUGUUCACCUGCCCUCAGAAGGCACCAGCCUCUUCUGACUAAAUAACUAAUAACCAAAUGUGGUUGCAGUCUUAAACAGCCAUGGCCUUUCUGUAAACAUGUAGGGCCAGGCUGUCAGCAUUUGAGCAGUGCAAACAGAUAACCGCACAUGCAGAUUGAGCACUUGCAUGCACAAGGAACAGUGUGUUUUGAAAACGUGUCCCUCACCCUCAAGUAUUUUAGGUCCUAGAUUUGUCUUGCUUUGCAGUCCAUGCAAUGGAGUGUGAAAUGCCCUGAUGUUUUAUGCUCUCUUUUUUUUAAAUCCACACUACCCUUGCCUGUAAUUGGAAGAACAGAUGAUCACCACUGUUUGUGUAGGUCCUACCCACUGCUCAACACUACCCUUGGAGCUGUGCUAGCAUCAAUGCAACUGGGCCACAGAGUGGGGACAAGGGGGGUGAUCUCUGUAGAUUUCAGCCUCCUUUAAGGUGAGGGAGGAAAACUUCCUGAUUCACUAGAAACCUGCUGGAUAAGGAAAUGUUAGUUGUAAGCUUUUGAAUGGGAGAAGUUGUUACAAACAAUGGAGAGGGGGGGAAUAAAAUCUGAGGAUUUUUAAAACUGUC